AUUAGAUGGAUAAUUUAUUUUUUAUAUUUUCUGCUCUGUCUGGUGAAAAUUCUAGCCCAUCCUCAUUAAAACUCCUCCAACUGAAACUCCUCCUACUGAGGAGGUGCUGAGUUGUUUUCUGCUGAGUCUACUUUUGUUGGUGGAUUUGUGGGGAAUUCUGGAACUGGAUAAUCUCCUGUUCCCUGUCCUCCUGUUUGAUUGGAAACUACCCUGAAAUCAGAGACUGAGUGUUUCACAGUACUGAGAGUGAAAGUCUGAGCGUUCUCACUGGAAGGAACAGCAGGACAAGAAAAUGGCUUCUAAACACAGUGUGUGUAAAGACUGUCUACAGCAAUCUUCAAUGGAGAACGCUCCAACAAACCUGACUUUAAAGAAUCUGUGUGAGAGUUUCUUACAGGAGAGAAGUCAGAGAAGUCCAGCAGAGUCUGAAAACAUCUGCAAUUUGCACAGUGAGAAAAUCAGACUCUUCUGUCUGGAUGAUCUACAGCCUGUGUGUUGGGUGUGUCGGGACUCUAAAAUACACACCGACCACAAAUUUCUCUCCCUUCAGGAAACAGCAGUGGACUACAAGUUGGAACUCAAAACUGUGCUGAAGCCCCUGAAGGAGAAACUGGAGAUCUUUACAGAGUUUAAACUGGAUUUGGAUCAGACUGCAGAACAUAUAAAGACUCAGGCCCAACACACAGAGAGACAGAUUAAGGAGGAGUUUGAGAAGCUUCACCAGUUUCUACGAGAUGAAGAGGUAGCCAGGAUAUCAGCACUGAGGGAGGAAGAGGAGCAGAAGAGUCAGAGGAUGAAGGAGAAGAUUGAGAAGAUGAGCGGAGAGAUAUCAACACUUUCAGACACAAUCAGAGCCAUAGAAGAGGAGAUGGGAGCUGAAGAUGUUUCAUUCUUACAGAACUACAAAGGCACAGUGAAAAGAGCUCAGGUCACACUGCAGGAUCCAGAGAGCCUUUCAGGAGAGCUGCUCCAUGUGGGGAAACACCUGGCCAACCUGAAGUUCACAGUCUGGGAGAAGAUGCAGGAGAUUGUUCAAUUCACUCCUGUAACUCUGGACCCCAACACUGCCCAUCCUAAUCUCAUCCCGUCUGAUGAUCUGACCAGUGUGAGAUUCACUGAUGAGGAACAGCAGCUUCCUGAUAAUCCAGAGAGAUUUGAUGAAAUGUAUUUUGUUCUGGGCUCUGAGGGCUGUAACUCAGGAACUCACUUCUGGGAGGUUGAAGUUGGAGACACUGAAGGCUGGAUACUGGGUGUGAUGACAGAAUCUGCUCAGAAGAAGGGAAAUAUAUUAUCCAGGAGUGGAGUUUGGUGUAUGUGGUAUAUUAAUGCUGAAUAUGGAGUCUGUUCUACAGCAAAGACAGGCACUGACCUCUCAGUAGGUCAGAAACUGCAGAGGGUCCGAGUUCAGCUGGACUGGGACAGCGGAAAACUCUCAUUCUCUGAUCCUCUCACUAACACACACUUACACACUUUCACACACACAUUCACUGAGAGAGUUUUUCCACUGUUCAGUGCCAGUAAAAUCAUGAAAAUCACAGCAGUUCAGUUUAGUGUAUCAGUGAAUCAGCUCAGUUAG